CAUCUUUCUAAGGGCUGUAUACUCUCUAUAUAUGUGUACUAUAUUUCUGCAAGGUCUCAACAUUCAACAGCUGGAUUCUAAACUUUAAAAUCAGAAAUGGAUUUUUACGUGACUAUGAUUCUCCUCUUCUUUGGAUGCAGCUUCAACUCCUGCUCUCAGUUCCCCCUGCGAGAGUACCACUAUGUUAACAAGCUAAUGAGCUGGAGCGAAGCUCAGCAUUACUGCAGAGAGAAAUACACUGACCUGGCCACCAUUGAAAGCAUGGAUGACAUAAGCAGGCUAAAACCUGAUUUUUCCUAUUCGUGGGCAUGGAUAGGACUGAGGGAUGACCCAAAAUCCUGGAAGGAAUCCAUGGGCAAUGACACCAACUCCUGGAGAUGGUCAGCGACUGGUCAAACAAGCAAAACUGGUUACCACAACUGGAAUGUAGGGCAACCAAACAGUUACAUGGCAAAUGCCAACUGUGUCGUCAUGAACACUAAUGGAAAAUGGUAUGACACAGGCUGUAAUUCACUCAGGAGUUUUGUUUGUUACGAUGUUACAGACCAAACAGAGAAAACCUAUGUGUUCAUCUCGGAUGAGAAAACAUGGAAUGAUGCUCAAGCAUACUGCAGAGAACACUACACAGACCUUCCUAUGAUCGAGAACAUCGUAGAAAACAAUGAGGUGUAUUCUGCAGCAUCAGCCGAAGUUUGGAUUGGUCUGUACCGAGUGCCAUGGACUUGGUCCGACAACACCCAAAGCUCCUUCACAUUCUGGAAAGAGAAAUCACCAGAAAACUAUGGUGGUAACCAGUUCUGUACAGUUGAGAGUAAUCUGCAUGAAUGGAAUGACCUCAUCUGUUUGGAGAAGUUCCCUUUCAUCUGCCAUCAAGUUUUAAAAUUGAAGACCACGGUGAAGAUGAAGAUUCAGACUGAUGCUGACAUAACCGAUCCAGCUACUAACGCCCAGAUCCUCCAGCAGCUAGGUGAAGUGCUAACAAGUCAAGGAUGGACUGACUUUAAUCUGCAAUGGAAGAUUCAGCCCACUAAACAGGAGGAAGACAAACUCACAGAACCUCAAUGCAUUCCACAUGUUUAAUAUAUUGUUGUUUGUAGACCUACUAAAUGAUAGAUGUUCUUGUGUUGUUAGUCAAGUAAUUUGUGUAUGUAAUAACACUGCAGCGAGUAGAGGAUAACAAUAUAACAUGAGAUCAUUUGACUUUAUGUAGCAUGCUGCACAUUGAUUUAAGAUUUUAUAUGGUUUGCUGAAUAACUAUGUAAGCAAUGAUGCCUGAUGCACAAACAUGUAAAUCGGAAAUUAUAGGUCAAUGAAUCAAUUAGUGGCUUUUCUUUGUCCUAUGUGUCUGCAAAAUUAAUAAUUUGAGGUUUUGUUGAGAGAAAGCAAGAUUUGAAGACCCUGACCUUGGAUUUGAAGAAAUUUUAAGGUGCAUUUUUAAACAAUUCUUCGGAAAUAUAAAAGACCAAAUGAUUAAUCAAAAAAAGAAUGUACAGAUUAAUCGAUUAGUCAUUAAUCAUCAUCGUCUGUUUCCAUUGUAUGUUUGUAUGUAGCAGGGAUUGGAAAGCUGUGUAAUUUGAUGGUGGUGUGUCUUUAAUUGCUGAGAAUUACACUGUUGCUCAUUGUUAUGUUAUAAAUGUUUUGGGGGUUUGGAUUGACUGUGAGAUAAAGUGACCCAUGAUCAAGUUGAACCAUGAAAGCAUAGGUUAUUUAGCCCUCUCAAGUUAGCUUUGUAAUUGUAAUUAGUGUAAAUGUGACCUUUCUUAACUAUGUCAAGGUACAAAACCUUAUCCCCUAAUGACGUCAUCUUCGAUUAUUAUUAUUAUUACAUAUUAUAGCCUACUAUUAACAAAUCGCGGCAAUUCACUGAAGUGAAAGGCUUGUUGUUCAUGUCGUCGCCUACUGAAAUGAUCAAA